UGCUGGUGUCUCCAGCAGUGGAGACAGUGGAGUGGCAAAACCGAAAGUCUGUUCUCUGCCCAGGCAUGCCGGCGCGUUUGCAUGCCUUUAGGCAUUUACCUUCUUCAGUAAAAGCCAACCCCCAGCGCUGAGCAUGUUUCUUUCCCUUUGGCAUGGUGUCUGCAAUGGCCGCCACGGACGGCAUCAAGCUGAGCAGCGUGGAGGAAGCCAUGUUCGUUGAUGAGGUUGCGGCAUGGCCCCAGAAGACGACAAUUCAGCAUUGGCAGCUGCGAGAUCUGGUAUCAUGCGGAGAUAGCGAUGACGAGUUCUAUACGGUGUGCGGGAAGCAGGUGGUGUCGUUUGACACCGCCGUGGCAAGGGCGUUUGCAGUGCAGACCCUUGACUACUCACCGACGAGCAUGACAGUUGGGUGUGGUUUCCUAGCAAGCGGCGGGCAGCAGAGCGAGCUGACCGUCACUAGACUAGAGGAUAAUAGUUGUGUAUUCAAUGGGGUCGCUGGGGGGACGGUAAAUAACGCGCUGCACAUCGCAAGGGGACCUAAUCCUGGCGAUGUCUGGCUACUGGUCAGCAACAACGAUGACACGAUCAAGGUGCUGAGCCUACCUGGGAUGGUCCAACUGGACACCAUCUUCUGCAGCGUCGCCAUCAACUACACUGCGGUGUCUCCAUGCGGGAGUUACAUGGCAUGUGUAGGGGACUCGCGACAUGCUUACCUGUACAGUAUAAAGAACGGCUUCAAUCGGAUCACCACAUAUAGCGAAGCCUCGGACCACGGGAUGUGCUGCUCAUGGAACGCAGCAGGGAACGCCUUCGCGGCAGCUAGUCAGGACGGAACGGUUUGCGUGUGGGACAUCCGGUUCGGAAAGGUGCUGGCCAAGUUCCACUCGAAGGAGGGGGCGUGCCGCGUGGUAAAGUACACCCGCGGCCCGCACGACCUGCUAGCUUUUUCGGAGCAUACCUCCUUCGUCCACGUGGUGGACAGCCGGACGUACGAUAGGAAACAGACGAUAAGGCUGGGAGACGAGGAUCAGGAGCCGCACAUAUCGGGGCUGGCGUUCAGCAAGGACGCCUCCCAUCUUUUUGUAGGAACUGAGGACUGCGUGGUGCAAUACGAAGUGGAUUCGGUGGGCCGGAGAGCAUUUGCUUGCGGGACAAUAAACCCUCGAUGACCCCGGCUCCUGGUCUUUGCCACAAAGUGCACCUGCGGGAGGCACUGAUCAGGAUACUCGAUAGAGGGUGCGAAAACAAGGUCUGAAACACCAGAGACGCUGAGACGGGCUAGAUCUGAGGGUUCGGCUUAGGUAGAAAUGCCGGCUGAAGACGUUACUUGUAGAAACGAGCAGGUCGUCAAGGUCUGCUACAAGGAGAGAGGCGAAUGCAGAGGAAUUUUGUUGAGUAUAACCUACCUUUUGGCAUCAGGACCCCCGAAGCAAUGUGACAAAAGAGGCACGAAAAAUCAGGCAGAUAGCAGAGUGUGACGUUCAGGCGGAUAUCCGAGUAGGUUAUCCAAUGUCGGGAAGCUCCUUUCGUGCCUCCUAAAGUCGACCCGCUCAGGCUGGUCAGACAUUGUCAAUUAUACAAGUCAAAUACUAAGCUCCUCAAGGCCUGUAUCGACCAUACCUUCGAUGUUUUGUAUAUGUUUCUAACUUCUCAGCUUGAUAAUCGAAUCGGCCA